AACACUGAGCGCUGGUCCCUCGGCAGACGACCCUGAACCGGCGACGCGGCACCAUCUUUCUCAAUCAAAAUGUUCAGCAGCCUCUGGGAAACCGCAAAGAACUCGCCGUUCAGUCGGCCUCUUGAAGCUCAGUGUGAUGCCCCCAACAAGGAGCUUGUAGCUGGGAGAAACAUUGCUGCUGCUGAUGCUCAGUACAGCUGUGAGUAUGGCUCAAACAAAUACUAUGCCCUCUGUGGCUUUGGUGGCCUGCUCAGCUGUGGUAUCACACAUACAGCUGUUGUCCCCCUUGAUUUGGUCAAGUGCAGGAUCCAGGUAGAUCCUGAAAAGUACAAAGGCAUCUUCAAUGGCUUCAAGGUAUCCGUCAGGGAAGAUGGUGUCCGAGGUCUGGCCAAGGGAUGGGCACCCACAGCCAUUGGGUACUCUAUGCAGGGUAUCUGCAAGUUUGGUUUCUAUGAAUUGUUCAAGAUUUUUUACGGCAACUUGAUUGGUGAGGAGAAUUCCUACCUCUACCGCACAUCCCUGUACCUUGCUGCUUCUGCCUCAGCCGAGUUCUUCGCUGAUAUUGCCCUGUCACCCAUGGAGGCCUGCAAGGUGCGUAUCCAGACCCAGCCUGGCUUUGCCUCAACUCUUCGUGCUGGUGCUCCCAUCAUCUAUGCACAGGAAGGCCUGUGGGGCUUCUACAAGGGCGUGGUCCCCCUCUGGUGCAGACAGAUCCCUUACACAAUGAUGAAGUUUGCCUGCUUUGAGCGUACCCUGGAGGCCCUGUACAUGUAUGUGGUGCCCAAGCCCCGUGACCAGUGCACCAAGAACGAACAGUUGGUUGUCACCUUUGCUGCUGGUUACAUUGCUGGUGUGUUCUGUGCCAUCGUCUCCCACCCUGCCGACACCAUCGUCUCCAAGCUGAACCAGGAUAAGGGAUCCACAGCUAUGGGUGUUGCAAAGAAGCUUGGCAUGGCAGGUUUGUGGAAGGGACUCUUCCCACGUAUCAUCAUGAUUGGUACCCUGACGGCCCUGCAAUGGUUCAUCUAUGAUGCCGUCAAGGUCACCCUCAACCUCCCACGUCCUCCUCCACCAGAAAUGCCAGAGUCCCUCAAGAAGAAGUUGGAGGCUAAGCAAGCGUAAAAAUAACAUUCUAGAUUCUUUGCGGAACUCCAAGCACAUUGCAUCAACCUUAGCCCUCAGUUAAUUCUAUAAAUUAUAAAUUAAGAUAUCACCAGCUUUUAAGAAUUUCACAGAAAGAAUUAUCAGUAUUUGUUUUGCAAAAUUUUUUACUGAGGCUUAGGUGGCAGUGGUAUAUUUCUUUAAUAAUGUUAACACGGCAAAGUUGCACCUUGGCCUGUGUGCUGCUGGUGUUGUUUGUUGCCUUUGUUGGAAUGUGCUACGGUGUGGUAAAACCAUCAUUACUUCCCCUGUAGCAUAAUCCAUGAAGGUUUUAGUAACAAAUACUGUGUUUUUUUUCAUGUAUGUCCGACUGGUAGGAAAAUUUUGAAAUUUAUCUUUAUUUUUAUCCCAACUAUUUAUGAAUGUUUUGGAAAAUGGCUGAUGUAUAUAGUAACUCUUCAUUGUAUAAAAUACAUUAAACACAGUAAAUGACAGAA